AUGGGAGAGAGUCUUCUGGGCCAAGUGCACUCUGACUUCAUCAACUAUUCGUUUUCACUGAUUCAACGCUGCUUCGAUGGGCUGCCUGGCAAGGUGCUCGGUGUCGGGAAUGCAGAGAACAAGGUCAAGGUUCUGGUCCUCCCGGCUUCACUCAGUCCCGUGUCGCCGAGCCAGCCCGCUGGGACACGCGAAGGCAAGCCCGGCGUGAGGGCCUCACUGCAGGGGCGCCUACUGCUUCGUCCAUCUCCAAAACAUGUGCACCUACAGGUCCCGAACAACCCACUCGUUUCCAGAAACCACACCACUGCAGCUAACACACGAGGAGUGGGACUUGGCCCGCUGCGGCUCGAUCCCAAGGCAUGGCUGCGGACUCCCCUCGCCAGUCCUCUCCGCGGCUGCAGCUCGGCGCGGACACGCCUGCCGGGAAGCGCGGCGCCGGCGUUCUGGAAGUUUGUAAUUAAGUUCGCCCGCCGCCUCCCGCUGCUCCUCCCUGGGCUGCUGCUGCCUCUGUGCGUCGCCUUCAACUUGGACGUGGACAGCCCCGCCGAGUACUCGGGCCCCGAGGGAAGUUACUUCGGCUUCGCGGUGGAUUUCUUCGUACCCAGCGCGUCCAACAGGAUGUUUCUUCUUGUGGGAGCUCCCAAAGCAAACACUACCCAGCCUGGAAUUGUGGAAGGAGGGCAAGUGCUCAAAUGUGACUGGUCCACCACCCGCCGGUGUCAGCCAAUUGAAUUUGAUGCAACAGGCAAUAGAGAUUAUGACAAGGAUGAUCCAUUGGAGUUUAAGUCCCACCAGUGGUUUGGAGCAUCUGUGAGAUCUAAACAGGAUAAAAUUUUGGCCUGUGCCCCAUUGUACCACUGGAGGACUGAGAUGAAACAGGAGAGAGAACCUGUUGGAACAUGCUUUCUUCAAGAUGGAACAAAGACUGUUGAGUAUGCUCCAUGCAGAUCAAAAAAUAUUGAUGCUGAUGGACAGGGAUUUUGUCAAGGAGGAUUCAGCAUUGAUUUUACUAAAGCUGACAGAGUACUUCUUGGUGGUCCUGGUAGCUUUUAUUGGCAAGGUCAACUUAUUUCGGAUCAAGUGGCAGAAAUCAUAUCUAAAUAUGAGCCCAAUGUUUACAGCAUCGAGUAUAAUAACCAAUUAGCAACCCGGACUGCACAAGCUAUUUUUGAUGACAGCUACUUGGGUUACUCAGUGGCUGUUGGAGAUUUCAAUGGUGAUGGCGUAGACGACUUUGUUUCAGGAGUUCCAAGAGCAGCAAGGACUUUGGGAAUGGUUUAUAUUUAUGAUGGGAAGAACAUGUCCUCCUUAUACAAUUUUACUGGUGAGCAGAUGGCUGCAUAUUUCGGAUUUUCUGUAGCUGCCACUGACAUUAAUGGAGAUGAUUAUGCAGAUGUGUUUAUUGGAGCACCUCUCUUCAUGGAUCGUGGCUCCGAUGGCAAACUCCAAGAGGUGGGGCAGGUCUCGGUGUCUCUGCAGAGAGCUUCAGGGGACUUCCAAACAACAAAGCUGAACGGGUUUGAGGUCUUUGCACGUUUUGGCAGUGCCAUAGCUCCUCUAGGAGAUCUGGACCAGGACGGCUUCAAUGAUAUUGCCAUUGCUGCCCCAUAUGGGGGUGAAGAUAAGAAAGGAAUCGUGUAUAUCUUCAAUGGAAGAUCAUCAGGCUUGAAUGUGGCGCCCUCGCAGGUCCUUGAAGGACAGUGGGCUGCUCGAAGCAUGCCACCAAGUUUUGGCUAUUCCAUGAAAGGAGCCACAGACAUAGACAAAAAUGGAUAUCCAGACUUAAUUGUAGGAGCUUUUGGUGUAGAUCGAGCUGUCUUGUACAGGGCCCGACCAGUUAUCACUGUAAAUGCUGGCCUUGAAGUAUACCCUAGCAUUUUAAAUCAAGACAAUAAAACCUGCCCACUGCCUGGGACAUCUCUCAAAGUUUCCUGUUUUAAUGUCAGGUUCUGCUUAAAGGCAGAUGGCAAAGGAGCACUUCCCAGGAAACUUAACUUCCAGGUGGAGCUUCUUUUGGAUAAACUCAAGCAAAAGGGAGCAAUUCGACGAGCACUGUUUCUCCACAACAGGUCCCCAGGUCACUCCAAGAACAUGACAAUUUCAAGAGGGGGACAGAUGCAGUGUGAGGAACUGAUAGCCUAUCUGCGGGAUGAAUCUGAAUUUAGAGACAAACUCACUCCAAUUACUAUUUUUAUGGAGUAUUGGUUGGAUUAUAGAACAGCUGCAGAUACAACAGGCUUGAAACCCAUUCUUAACCAGUUCACUCCUGCCAACAUUAGUCGACAGGCUCAUAUUCUACUUGACUGUGGGGAAGACAAUGUCUGUAAACCCAAACUGGAAGUUUCUGUAGAUAGUGAUCAAAAGAAGAUCUAUAUUGGGGAUGACAACCCUCUGACAUUGAUUGUAAAGGCCCAGAAUCAAGGAGAAGGCGCCUAUGAAGCCGAGCUCAUUGUGUCCAUCCCACCGCAGGCAGAUUUCAUCGGAGUUGUCCGAAACAGUGAGGCCUUGGCAAGACUUUCCUGUGCAUUUAAGACAGAAAACCAAACCCGCCAGGUGGUAUGUGACCUUGGAAAUCCAAUGAAGGCUAGAACUCAACUCUUAGCUGGUCUUCGUUUUAGUGUACACCAGCAAUCAGAGAUGGAUACCUCUGUGAAAUUUGACUUACAGAUCCAAAGCUCGAAUCUUUUUGACAAAGUAAGCCCAGUUGUGUCUUACAGAGUUGACCUUGCUGUUUUAGCUGCCGUUGAAAUAAGAGGAGUCUCAAGUCCUGAUCAUAUCUUCCUUCCAAUUCCAAAUUGGGAGCACAAGGAGAACCCAGAGACUGAAGAAGAUGUUGGGCCGGUUGUUCAGCACAUCUAUGAGCUGAGAAAUAACGGACCAAGUUCAUUCAGCAAGGCAAUGCUCCAUCUCCAGUGGCCUUACAAAUUUAACAAUAACACUUUGUUGUACAUCAUGCAUUAUGAUAUUGAUGGACCAAUGAACUGCACCUCAGACAUGGAGAUCAACCCUCUGAGGAUUAAGAUUUCAUCUUUGCAAACAACUGAAAAGAAUGACACAGUUGCUGGGCAAGGUGACCGGAACCAUCUCAUCACUAAGCGGGAUCUUGUCCUCAGUGAAGGAGAUAUUCACACUUUGGGUUGUGGAAUUGCUCAGUGCUUGAAGAUUGUCUGCCAGGUUGGGCGACUAGACAGAGGGAAGAGUGCGAUUCUGUAUGUCAAGUCUCUGCUAUGGACUGAGACCUUUAUGAAUAAGGAAAAUCAGAAUCAUUCCUAUUCUCUGAAGUCAUCAGCUUCAUUUAAUGUCAUAGAAUUUCCUUAUAAGAACCUUCCAAUUGAGGAUAUCGUCAACUCCACCUUAGUUACCACUAAUGUCACCUGGGGCAUUCAGCCGGCACCCAUGCCUGUGCCUGUGUGGGUGAUCAUUUUAGCAGUUCUGGCGGGAUUGUUGUUAUUGGCUGUUUUGGUAUUUGUAAUGUACAGGCUGGGCUUUUUUAAACGUGUUCGGCCACCUCAAGAAGAACAAGAAAGAGAACAGCUUCAACCUCAUGAAAAUGGUGAAGGAAACUCGGAAACUUAACCACGACUUUUCAGUUAUGCUCCAUCCUGACCCAUUGGAAUUACCAACUCCAUUGUCGGUUUGAAUUUCCUUCAUGAGGAGUAAAAUUCCAAGACUGUACUGCAGAUGGUGCCCAUUGGCAUUAGUCACAGAAUGAGAACAAUAUUUGCCAACUUUCUCUUUAUAAAUAAGUGCAGAUAUCUAAUACACAUACACUGACGAAUUUUGGUAUUUAAAUAAUAAAAUAUCAAGUAAUAACUCUUACUGAAUGCAUAUAAGAUAGGUAGUGCCCAGAGUUCCUGCUUUAUAUAAAAUAGUAUCUCCUAAAAUUACUGUUUUAGAUUUAGUAUGUUGAAUUUUGCUGUUUAUUGUUGUUUUAAAGCAGUUCAAGUUUAGGCCUUAGCAAUCAUGUCUUUCAUACAGGUACUUAGUACAUUCUAUACUAUAGUCAACUUUUCAGGCUACUAAAGACUUUGUAACUGCAAGAAUUUGGAUUUUAAUAUCGCUCAUUUGAUAGAACCUUUUUAAAAAUAUGCAUGAUACCCUCAAGUUCUUGUCUGUAAUAACAAAAGUAAAAUAUUUUGUUUUAUUAUAAAAUUUGGGUAGAUGCCAUUACAUUUUUAUUUAUAUUUAAUCCAUAGUCUAUUUUGUUGCAUUUUAACUUGUAUAGUUUCUAAAUUUUAUGUCAAAUCCUUUAAUCCAGCCUAUACUAAAUAUUAGUUCCAUAAUCAUAAAUGCCUCUUGGUGUGUAAUAGUUUAAUUCAUUUAAGGAUCAUGAUGUUUAAAGCCAUAUGGAACUGGAAGUCAUUUCCAAAGUAUAUUUAUUCCAUUGUUUUAGUCUGGCUAUUUACUACACAAAAACAGAAAGCAUUUUAGUUAAAAUACUAUGUGUGUAGUUCUUCGAGAUAGUUGUUUAUUAAUACAUUCUUAGAGUAGAACAGAGUUUUUAGUUGGUAUUAAUUUAUUUUUCUGCCAUAUGUGUAUGUUUCCUUGUAUUUCCAAAAUGUUACUGAGAAUGGGUCAAGAUCAAUGAGGAAUCUUUACAACUUACAGGAACCUGGAUCCCCCACCCUACCCCAUGAGGAAUGCUUGAAAUCAAAACUAGGUAGCUCCACUGGUUUAACAAUAGCAUGAUCUGACUACAUGAAUAUUACCUCCCUUUAAGCAUGGUAGUGUGUAAACCAGUCUCAGCUAUCAGAAUAACUUCUAGAAGGUAUUUUUAUAAGCAGUUCAAGUUAUUGAAAACCUUUUAAAACUUUCUUAGGCUUGUUAACAUAAAUUACUUUUCUAGGAUUUUUAAUAAAAGCCACAUGGGUGGCAAGUUUUAGUUUUCAUGCCUCUAGCGUGGUGAAUCUUCUAGUGAAAUAUGUGAACUAUUCACAGUUCCUCAAGGCCUGGGGAUAACGAUCAGUUAAACCUAUUUUUGUGCAAUUAUAUCAUGUUGUACAUUAGAGAUUGAGAAUUUAGUAGCUUUUUAACUGCUGUCCUCAAUAGGCAAUGAUGUUUCCCUUAGAUAAUUGACUAUUUUUCUAUGUUUUAAAAAAAUUGAAAAUCUGUCUUGCCACGUCUUGUGUUAUAAUUCCAUGCACAAGUGGCUGAGCUAAUCUUGAGAAUAUAUUCAUAAAAUAGAAGCACAUUUAGUUGAGUUAUACAAGAUAGAACAUAGACUAGAGCCUAUAUUUAACUUUAGUAAAUUUCAAAAUUAAUGUAUUUUGGAGUAUAGAUUUUAUUAGUAGCUUGAAAGAGCUUAAUCAUAUGCAAUAAGUAUUUUUAUAAUCAAUAAAUUUAAAUUUUUUUAAUAAAAAAAUUUUUUUAUCCUAAGGUCAAGUAUUGGCAGCCAUCAAACAGUCACUAAGUCUGUAACAAAUUUUGCCUUAUCUGUUUUUCCACCUAGAUGCAGUUAUUUCUGAAAAUAAUGCUGGCUAGAAAUUCACUCUUUACAAAAGUGUAUUUGCUUUUGCACCAUCUAUUCCUUUUACGGCCUCUAUCUCAAAGUAUAAUCUUGUAUUGGAAAUUGAAAGAUGCUGUAAUUGGAAAUUAACAUGAUGUUUUAAAUUUCCUUUAUGAAGUGUGGUUUUAAGAAGUAUUAUAGAUUUUUUUCAAAAAAUGAUAGUUUAUAUCUCUAUAAAAAUAGAAGUAUCAUUUGAAAGCCUUUUUGAGGAACAUUUGAGAUUCUUUUUACCCUAAAGUAGCAUGUGGGUGUACUUGAUUAAAUAUCAAAAAAUAGACCUAUGAAAACUAUUUUAUUUUCCAAUCAUUUUAAAUACUAUUGUAUUUGUGAUUUAUUAAGAAUUAAAAUCCAUUUUAAAGUGUAAAAUUCUUAUUAUAUAAUUCAGUUUUAAAAAAUCAUAUGAAUAAGCUAGAGGAUAUUAAAAACAUUUGACAUUGGUAAAAAGUAUUGAUACUGAUAUUGAAUUGUUAUACAGGUAUUUAUUAGAAAAUUAAUAUUUUGAGAAACAUUUGUGCAAGGAUCAUUUUUUUCCAUUUCUUCCCUUUCACUUUCUUCAUAAUUAACUAUGAUUAUAAUUCUGAUUAAGUUCUUAAUGAUUCUGAAAGGUAUAAAAGUCAGAAUAUCAUUGCCACCAUCCUACCUGUGUUACUAAACUACCUAUUCAUAGUUAAUUCAUAGUUAAUUCUCAUUAACUCUUAACAUGUAUAUUUACAUAAAGAGACAAUUCUAGUUUUAGGAAAACAGACUUCCUGGCUUAAGAGAGCUAUGAAGGAUUUUUAACAGUGAAUCAUGACCCUAAGGGAGAGAUUUGUGUGGCAAAAUAUAGAAUAUAGUAGAUCAGCUGACUUUUGUAAGGCAAACAGAAUUUGUAAGUUGGUACGUGUUCCUCUGUUGUAGACCAUAAUGAUGAGCCUGGCAGAAAACAAGGAGAUGUUCUUGGAAUACCUAUAUAUAACCACUGCCCAUCUCAGUGUCACCUUCUUUGGAGUCUUGGAUAGCUUGUAUUUGUAGUAGUUUGAUAAAUAAUAAUAAUAAAAAGAGUGUUUGAAAAUUAAUUGUAGGAUCGAAAAAGGUGAAUUAAAUUACUUAAUAUUCAGUGUUUUCAAGAGUAUGUCCUUUAACUUGCCAGUUGACUAGCUUGAACAAUAAAUCUGUGAAUAUGCAGCACACAACAUAUGCUUGUAUUUCACUGUAAUUUCUUAUAUAUAAUGAACUUCUUGGGAGAGGUACUGAGUCUUUGAUCUUUGUUGUUAUUGUUCUCAAGUGCAAUAUAACAAUGUAACCAAACCUAGAUAAUAUCAAGGUCUUCAUUAAUUUAGUGAACCUAUUCUAAAUAGAGGUUUAUUAUUCUUUUUGUUAGCAGAAAAGAGUGAUUCUGCUAUGGAUAUAGAAAUGAAGUUAUUUGCCCCCAGAUGGUCCAUUCUGUAUUUUAUUUCAGGCUGGAAAUGAACUAUUCCCUACCAAUUUUGAAACACUUUGAAAUAUCUUAAGGUAACUUGGAAGCUAUGUUGUAUAUCAAAUUAAUUUGUUACCUAAUAACAUUGAAAGUAAAUAUCUUUGUGAUCACCCACAUUGGGUGAGACAUGAAAUGAAUCUGUUCUAAAAUUUGUCAUUUGCUAACUUGAUUUGAGUUAGUGGAAACUGGUACAGUGUUCUACUUGUUUUCCAAAAUGUAACUUGUGACUGUAUAAUAAACUUGAGCAUAUGGUGCCA